AUGGCGCGGCGGGCGCGCCCCGUGCGCGUCCUGGUGGACAUGGACGGCGUGCUGGCCGACUUCGAGUCCGGCCUCCUGCAGGGCUUCCGCCGCCGCUUCCCCGGCGACCCGCACGUGCCGCUGGAGCAGCGCCGCGGCUUCCUGGCCCGAGAGCAGUACCGAGCCCUGCGGCCCGACCUGGCGGAUAAAGUGGCCAGUGUGUACGAAGCUCCAGGCUUUUUCCUGGACUUGGAGCCCAUCCCCGGGGCCUUGGAAGCAUUGCGGGAAAUGAACGCCAUGGACGACACGGAGGUCUUCAUCUGCACCAGCCCUCUGCUCAAGUACCACCACUGUGUGAGUGAGAAGUACCGCUGGGUGGAGCGGAACCUGGGGCCUCAGUUUGUGGAGCGCAUUAUCCUGACAAGGGACAAGACAGUGGUCUCAGGGGACCUGCUCAUUGAUGACAAGGACACAAUUCAAGGCCUAGAAGAGACCCCAACCUGGGAACACAUCUUGUUCACCUGCUGCCACAAUCAGCACCUGGCCCUGCCCCCCACAAGGAGACGGCUGCUCUCCUGGAGUGACAACUGGAGGGAGAUCAUAGACAGCAAGCGAACAACUGUGCAGCAGGAAUGACCAGAACCUGUGGUGGACAGUGCUGAAGGAAGGGCGGGUGACUCCUGCCCUUGUGUGGAGCAUGGAGCUGCCCUAACUGCCCCUUGUACAGGCCAUCCACCUGGUGCCUCCGCGAAGGUUGUGCCCAGAGAGCAUGGCUGGCAUAGAAAUAUAGGAGAAUCAGUCCAGAGGCUUUUAAUUAAAACAAAACAAAACUUUA